CCAUUCCCCCACAACUCCAGUGGUCUCACUCCAAACCAUCGGUCUCGAUCUCUAUUUAAAUCUGUUCCUUCUUUCUUCUCUUUAUAUGUUAAACAACUGAAACCACUAAUACGAUGGCGUUUAAUAGAAAAGAAGUGGAUCGGAUCAAGGGCCCGUGGAGCCCAGAGGAGGACGAGGCGUUACAACAGCUUGUGCAAAAGCAUGGCCCAAGAAACUGGUCGUUGAUAAGCAAGUCAAUUCCGGGGCGAUCCGGCAAGUCUUGCCGUCUCCGGUGGUGCAAUCAGCUCUCUCCGCAAGUUGAGCACCGCUCCUUCACACCUGAAGAAGACGAGACUAUAUUACGCGCUCAUGCUCGCUUCGGCAACAAGUGGGCGACAAUCGCCCGGCUUCUCAACGGCCGUACAGACAACGCGAUAAAAAACCACUGGAACUCGACCUUGAAACGGAAGUGUUCAGGUUCGAUGGCAGAGGAUGGUAAUUUUAUCAACUGUAAUGGGUACGACGGGGAUUUAGGUCAUAAUAAUCAAAAUCAGCCGUUGAAAAGAUCUGUAAGUGCAGGAUCAGGUGUGCCGCUGACCACGGGGCUUUACGUGAACCCGAGUAGUCCAUCUGGAUCUGACGUAAGCGAUUCCAGCGUACACGUAUUUUCGUCGAAUCACAACAUAUUUAAACCCGUUGCGAGAGCCGGCGGUGUUAAUGUGGAUGUGAAUGUAAUCCCCGAAACGACAUCGUCGAGCAACGAUCCGCCAACUUCACUGAGUCUAUCACUUCCAGGCGCCGAUUCAAGCGAAGAUACGAACCAGAAGGCAGCGGAGUCAAGUAAGGCUAUAAAUACUAAGAGUUUGUUCCCUGAGAGUGGAGCGAAAGGCGGUGGCUUUCUAGGGUUUAGUCAAGAGUUCAUGGGAGUGAUGCAGGAGAUGAUAAGGCAGGAGGUGAGGAAUUACAUGGCUUCCCUUGAACAACAGAGAGGUGGAGUUUGUUAUCAGAGUAGUGGCGGUGGCGGCGGCGACGGUGUCUUUAGAAAUGUCGCGCUGCAGAGGAUCUGAGAGAGAAAACUGGGAUUUGUGUUUUCUCUUUUUUUUUUUUUUUUAGGAUAAUAAUUUUGGUUAAUGUACAGAGAGGUAGAGGUGGGCAAUGGAUGAUAACUGAGUUAGGGGCUUUAGAUUGACGGGAAAAAUGGUGAAGACUAUAUCAAUCUUCAGCCUUGUUCAUUAGAUGUUAGGGACCAAAACAAGCAACAAAAAUGGAAAAAAAAAUUAUAUUAUAUAUAAGAAGUUCAAAAAAAAAAAAAAUCCUUCCAAAUGUUAAACCAA